CGCGCGCAGCUGCGGAACAGCUCGUGACACACCUUCGAUGACGUAGACUUUAGGUCAGGCCACAAAGUUCACGAGACAAACCCGAACGGAAGGGCUUAUUUAACUUUAAAAAAAUCAUUCCUCGACGACAAAAGAUUUGUCGCAACUCUUGCAGCAGUGUUCAUGAUGGCGGAGGAGGCCGACUUUCCCCUGUGCGCUCUGGAGGAGGAGCUGACCUGCUGCAUCUGCCUGAGCCCCUUCGACUGUCCGGUCACCAUCCCCUGCGGACACAACUUCUGCCAGGACUGCCUGCUCGCCACCUGGGAGGACGCCAACUUCAGCUGCCCUCAGUGUCGGACCAGCUUCCCGUCCAGGCCAGAGCUGCAGAAGAACACGGUCCUCAGCUCCGUGGUGGAGGCCUUCAAGCUGAAGUCCUCCAAGAACAGCUCAGCCAUCCCGACCGAGCAGGAGAGCAAAGCUGAGGAGCAGGAGAGCAAAGCUGAGGAGAAGCAUGUGGUCCUCUGCGACGCAUGUAUGGAGGCAGAGGCCUCCAGGACCUGCCUCACCUGCAUGGCCUCCUACUGCGAGGAGCACCUGCGGCCUCACCGGGACAACCCCAUUUUCCGCGUCCACAAGCUGAGCGAGCCAGUCGGAAACCUGAUGGAGCACAUCUGCUCCGACCACCACAAGCUGAUGGAGCUCUACUGUACAAACCACGACCGUCUGAUCUGCAGCUCCUGCCUCCAGCAGGCCCACAAAGGCUGCUCCUUCACCUCCCCUGAGGAGCAGAGGAGCCUGAAGGAGGCUGACCUGAAGACCAAGUUGGAGCUCCUGGAUGGAAAGAUCACAAAGAACGAGACUAUUCUCUCUCAAAUGACGGUCAUGCAAGUCAAGCUGAAGGACUCGGCCACCAGCAGGAAGAAGACCAUAGCGGCUGAGUAUCAGCAGGUGAGAGACAUGCUGACUCGAGAGGAGAGCGAGGCCUCCAACGCGCUGGACCGAGAGGUGGAGAGCGGUCAGAUGAAAAUCCGAACCCUGAUGAAGAAGUUCUCUGAGAAUGUCGAAAACAUGAAGAAAGCCAAAGGGGACAUCUGCCGUCUGCUGGGACAGUCCCAAACGCAGAGCUUUCUGCAGACGUCAUUCACACUCCCCCAAGCUGUGAAUUUUGAGCCCUACACGCCUCGGGUCACCUUGGACUCCAGCAAAGUGAUGGCGGCAGAGAUUUUUCCUGCUGUGCUGAAGAAACACCUGACGGAAAUGUUUGGACAUCCUGUUGCAGCGCGGAUAGAGCUGCUCAAACCGGCGGUAGCCACGGUCUUUCUUCAAGCUGGUGCAGGAGCAGCUUCUUCUUUAUCUUUGACCCCAAAAACAUCUCAGCAAUUGGAGCCUGGAACUCCCAUCCAAACUUCUCUGCCUAAACCAGCCUCAAAGAAAAGAUCAAAAGGCACCAAGUCUUCCGAUGCAAGCGGAUUGACAAAACGAGAGCUGUCCAAAUCCAUGGAACACCUUUUGGACCUGAAAGUACACAAACUAAAGGAGAAAAUAUCAGUUUUGAAUGCAGAAAUUGCCAAAGACAUCGCUUCAGCUGAAAAAAGAAGUGAGCUCAUGAAGUUUGGCGUUGGUUUCACUUUUGAUCCAAGAACAGCCCACAAACGCAUCAUCCUCACCGAAGACUUCACCAAAGCGUCUGUCUCAGAUGAGCCCACCAACUACCCAGAAUGCCCCGAGCGCUUUGCGCUUUGCUCCCAGGUACUCUCCUCCAGAGGCUUUAUCAGAGGUCGCCACUACUGGGAGUUCCGACUGAGCUGCAACAACUUCAUUGGCGUCGGAUUGGCUUACGGCAGCCUUGACCGCAAAGGCCCCGCCAGUCGUCUGGGACGCAACAACAUGUCCUGGUGUUUGGAGUGGUUCAACGUUAAGCUGUCCGCCUGGCACAGCAGUGUGGAGGUGGUGCUGGUCAACCCGAGUCCCAAGCGCGUAGGCGUGCUGUUGGAUUGUGAGGAGGGCAGGGCGACCUUCUACAACGUGGCAGACAGGGCGUAUCCCUUACACUCCUUCUCCAUACCCUGCGUGGAGGCCGUCUAUCCGGCUGUUUGGGCUUUCUCGAGUGGCUCCAGUGUUACUCUGUGCAAGCUGCAGUAAAGAUGCUGCAUCUGCACGUCCUACUUCAUCUGUACACCCCCCAUCCCCAUUGAUAAAGCAUUCUUAUAAAUAAUGCAAAGAAAUGUGGAUAUUUGGAAGCAAUUGCGAUUCAAUUGAAGCUUUUUAAGUAAGUUUUCAUAGAUAACUUGGGUUAAAACAUAAAAGUACUUGUUGUACAAAUAUCUAAAUCUGAUUAAAGUUAUCCGUCGUGUCCAAACUGAGCAGGUUAGAUUAAGACAAAAAAAAGAUUCAAGUUUAUUCGCUUUUCUAAGUAUGGAGUAGUAAAUCACAAGAGUUUUUACGGGUUUCUGACUUAAAUCUUAGAAGUCCGGGUGUUUGUUUGUUUUUUCUUCCCCCCCAUUGUGACCCUAAUCCUGUCUCAUAUCUUCAAGCUUUUAUUUUGGUAGGACCAGAUAAAGCUAUAGAAGAUGGAGCAACAGUGGUGAUCAACACGAUGCCUCUGAAUCAGCCAGUGGGAAGGCAGUGAUGGAGGCUCCUCUCCUAAGCCAUCACACCAACAGAACCUCGGUCCUUUUUGAGAAUAAGACCGGUUCUAAGAGAUUCUGGCAUUUAAAAGGAAUGAUCAUCAUCUCUGCUGUUGUUUUUUUUACAGCUGCAGAGUGAUGAAUAUGGAAGCUGACUCGUCUGCUUUAGUCACAGAAAAUGCGUUUUUCUCCACCUCUAGAGAGCAUGUGCGCCUUUAAAACACAGAGAAGCAUUUCCAGACAAAAGUAAAUGUGUAUUUAUACUGUUUUUGAAAUGCACGAGAUAAAAAAAGAACGUCAUCUUGCUCAUACUAUCAGGUGAAGUCAGAACACGGCUGUGGCUGAGCAGGAAGUGGAUGAUGGCAGAACUGAAUCCAGUUUCUCAGACAUACAUUUGUCUGGUAGACGACUCCCUCUCCACCUUUGACUUUGGAUAUUCUUUACUGUCAGAAGCCGCCAACAGCAGGGACACCUACUUAUUUUUAGGAACUGUCUCGUGCUGUUCACAACAAACGAAUGUCUACAGGGGAAAAGGUUGGACUUGGUUCUGCCGUGAACAGAAGAACACACAGUGGGUCCCUUGGAAACAUGGGUGUUUCUGCAGGUCGAGACUCGUCAGGGAAAUGUCACAUUUCAUUGACUUCCUUAAUUUCUUUGUGCUCCUGAUUGGAACUGGGGUCUCAUAGCUUCUGUUCCCAUUGGGGCGUUUACACUCCAUCACUUUAGAAGCUCUGACAGAGGAACGAAAGUGAUGGGGCAAAAGUUGAGCGACUGAACCUGGUCGGCGUUUUCUACGCUCGACACAUCAAUCACGUUUGAGUUUAAUGAGUAACCGUGUGUCUUUGGAGGUGUAUUUCAUUGGAUAAAGAGAAUUUGCUUUAAUCAGAACACUUAAGACUGCUUUAGCAGGUUCUGUCAUGUCAACCAAAUUUCUAUUUGCAGGUGAAAUAUCGAUGUAGAUGUUGUAAAAUCUUUAAUUGUGUUUGAUGAAAAUAAAACUGUGUUAAUUAUAAAUAAAGGUUCUAUAAUGGGAAAA